UGUGUGUGUGUCCAACAGGUGCGGCUUUCUGUUCAUCCUUUGCUGCUCAGCAUGGGCCGCACCAUCCUGAAAGAUAUUGAUCACUCUUGACUCUUGUGCAGAUCAUAAAGACAGCAGGAAGGAUAAAGUAGGCAGGAGUGUGUCUCUUUCAGGUCCUGGAGCCGUCAAAGGCAUGGAGUUCAGCUGGGAGGAUUAUCUGAAGGAGACGGCGUCUGUUCCUGCACCGCACAGCUGCUUCAGACAGUCGCGGGUUCCGCCCUCUAAUGACUUUAAGGUGGGCAUGAAGCUAGAGGCGCGAGACCCGCGUAACUCCACCUCCACCUGCAUCGCCACGGUGAUGGGCUUGAUGGGCGCUAGGCUCCGCCUUCGUCUGGACGGCAGCGACAACACCAACGACUUCUGGCGACUGGUCGACUCGGCUGACAUCCAGCCAAUCGGGACCUGCGAGAAGAACGGAGACAUGCUACAGCCGCCGCUAGGCUUCCGCAUGAACGCCUCCUCCUGGCCCAUGUUCCUCCUCAGGACCCUGAACGGAGCCGAAAUGGCCCCUGCCAUGGCCUUCAAGAAGGAGCCGCUCCGUCCACUGCAGAACACCUUCCGUGCGGGGCUAAAGCUGGAGGCGGUGGACCGGAAGAACCCGUACCUGAUUUGCCCCGCCACCGUGGGCGAGGUGAAGGGCGAGGAGCUGUUCGUGAUGUUCGACGGCUGGAGGGGAGCGUUCGACUACUGGUGCCGCUACGACUCCAGAGACCUGUUUCCUGUGGGCUGGUGUAGCGCCACGCAACACGGCCUGCAGCCACCCGGGAACAGCCUUGGUCUCCCUAAAGCGGCUCCUGCCUCCUCCUCUUCCUCUUCGGUUCCUAAACUCUCCCGCCGCUCUGUGCUGCCCCCCCUGCGGCUGCCUGCUGCUGUGCCUGCGCUGCCAGUGCGGAAGGGCAUCAGGGGCCGCCGCCCGAAGAGUGAGACCCUCGCUCUGCUGAAGGCCCUCACAGCGCCUGGGGCCCAAAGCCCACAGGAACUGCAAGACACACCCCUAUCCCAGCAGCCCCUGCGCACACACAGGAGGAGGGGGCCCAAACGGGGAGCAAGAAGAAGCCCAGACUCCAGCAGAGCUCCACAGCUGCAGAAGAUGACAGAAUACCCAUAAUGCCUAGUGACGGCCUCUCCCCGCUGGCCUGCUCCUCGUCUGUGGUGUCCACCGUGUGUGUGUACGUGAACAAGCAUGGGAACUGUGGGCCGCAUCUGGACCGUAAGCAGCUUCAGAAACUGCCGGACCACUUCGG